ACCAACACCAGGUAAAUAAACAGAUGGUGUCACGGUGUUUGGAGUUGCAAAGCACAUUCAUGCUAUUUACCGCGGAGCCUACGAACUUGGCGGGCGUUUGUAAAAAUGAAUCAGCGCUUUCUGAUUUUCUUAACAACAACGUUUAGAAAAAGAUGGCCCUCUGCCCCCUCCGCCGACCCGUCAAUUAGUGAAUGUUGCUGAUUCCUGCCGCUUCAGUUUCCCCCUCUCUUCUCUCGUGGAGCAGCUGUCAUAUAUCGGUGUGGCGGGCGGCUGUGUGUCCAACGAUGGUCCGUACGUCAGACAACGCAGAACAGAAGAAUGGAAUUAACAUGUUUAACAUUGAAGAUGAACUUUCAAAAAUGUCAGCAAAUGAUGACCGUGCCAACCAAGCAGAAAAUAAAAAGGAUGAAGCACCAGUCUUGCAACAAGAAAUUACCCUUUCAGAUGGAUCACGAGGAUUUGACAUGAUAUACAGGAUUGAGGAUGUACCACCUUGGUAUCUGUGCAUUCUGCUGGGAUUUCAGCAUUAUCUAACAUGUUUCAGUGGCACUAUUGCUGUGCCAUUUCUUCUGGCUGAAUCUUUAUGUGUUGGGAAAGAUCAGUAUACAGUGAGUCAGUUAAUUGGAACGAUUUUUACAUGUGUAGGAAUAACAACGCUCAUCCAGACAACACUUGGAGUCAGGCUUCCCUUGUUUCAGGCAAGUGCAUUUGCCUUUCUCAUCCCUGCCAGGUCUAUUCUUGCUUUAGAAAAAUGGAAAUGCCCAGAAGAAGAUCAGAUUUAUGGCAACUGGAGUUUGCCCUUGAACACCUCCCACAUAUGGCAGCCAAGGAUCCGUGAAAUACAAGGAGCCAUCAUUGUUUCCAGCCUUGUUGAAGUUGUGAUUGGACUGAUUGGUCUGCCUGGUGUGCUGCUCAGUUACAUCGGACCUUUGACUGUAACACCAACGGUUUCUUUGAUUGGCCUCUCAGUGUUUCAAGCAGCAGGUGACCGAGCUGGAUCUCACUGGGGUCUUUCAUUGUUGUCUAUCUUCCUGAUAGUAUUAUUUGCUCAGUAUCUGAGGAAUUUUUCUUUUCCUGUCCCAAUGUACAAGAUAGGCAAAGGCUGUACCACUGCAAAGAUACAGAUUUUCAAAAUGUUUCCUAUUAUCAUGGCUAUCAUGGUAGUGUGGCUGAUCUGCUACAUUCUUACACUGACUGAUGUACUACCAAAGGAUCCGGCUGAGUAUGGCCACAAAGCACGUACAGAUGCCAGAGGAGAAAUAAUGUCCAUUGCGCCAUGGUUUCGAAUGCCUUAUCCAUGCCAAUGGGGUUUGCCAACAGUGACUGCAGCUGGUGUUCUAGGAAUGUUCAGUGCAACACUUGCUGGUAUUAUAGAAUCUAUUGGGGAUUAUUAUGCUUGUGCAAGACUUGCAGGAGCGCCACCCCCACCGAUUCAUGCCAUUAACAGGGGAAUUUUUACUGAAGGUAUCUCUUGUAUUAUUGCUGGAUUGCUUGGAACUGGCAAUGGAUCUACCUCUUCAAGUCCAAAUAUUGGAGUUCUUGGCAUAACAAAGGUUGGUAGCAGAAGGGUAAUUCAGUAUGGAGCUGGAAUUAUGUUAAUUUUGGGAACAAUUGGGAAAUUCACAGCCCUGUUUGCUUCACUACCAGAUCCUAUUCUUGGUGGAAUGUUCUGCACGCUAUUUGGUAUGAUAACAGCAGUUGGACUCUCUAACUUGCAGUUUGUAGACAUGAACUCCUCACGAAAUCUCUUUGUUUUGGGGUUCUCUAUGUUUUUUGGCCUAACUGUACCAAAUUAUCUGGAUGCCCACCCAAAAGCCAUCAGCACAGGAGUACCAGAAAUUGACCAAAUUCUGACCGUUUUAUUGACAACUGAAAUGUUUGUGGGGGGCUGCCUUGCUUUUUUAUUGGACAACACUAUUCCAGGCUCAAAAAAGGAGCGUGGAUUGAUAGAGUGGAAGGAAGGUGCUCAUUCCAACAGUGACAUGAGCGUAGACCUACUGACUUAUGAUUUUCCAUGUGGAAUGGCUUUUGUGAAAAAGCUCAAGUUCCUGAGAUUUGUCCCCAUCUGCCCGAUGUUCAAAGGCUUCACAGCAAGUAACAGGGAUGACACAGCAGAAAUCGUUGUCGAGACCGAAGAGAGUGCUGUAUCAUCUACCAAAGUGUGAGAUUCUUGUCAGACUGGAAGCCACCAAUGUCUUAUGAAAACAUAUUAAGAGGUCAUUGCCUGUCUUUUGUAUCUGCCUAUCCGCAAUUUGAUUUUCAUGUCUAAGCUGUGAAACAUUUUAUUUAGAAGGUUUCUUUUUUAUAUUCAAGAAUGUCUUUUUUUGGACCCCAUGCUGUCAUAAGCACAAGUCUGAAGGGUUGCCCAGAAGAAAAGUCUCUUCACUUUUCAAGUAGACACCCUCUACUUCAAGUCAAGUUCCCGUGUAAUUGAAAAGAAGAGCAUUUGGCAGUGAAAACAAAGCACCACUGUGUCCGGCUGGGAGGAAGGGAGAGUGCAGCUGCUCAUUUAACACAAGACUCCCUGGAGAGCUCGUAACACGACUGACGGAGAGGCAGCUUGGGGGGAUUCCACUGCCCUACGAGCUCAUCUUCAGAGUUUACUAUUGGAACUACAGCUGCACUCGGAUUGGCUAGACAAGUGCCUAUAAGGGUCAUUCCUCAGAAUAGCUGUUGCUCGCCUCAGUAACUGCAAAGUGCUCUUUGAUAACACUGGCAAAUGUCAGCGAGGUUGAAAGCUCUUUUGAGCACAGAAACAGAAACACUGCAGUUUAAAAGGGCUUGUACUGCUUUGGAUACCUCUGAGAAAUCGUUUAAAUAAAAUUCUGAGAGUGCUUGA